AAACAAACACAUAGAGUAUAUCAUAAUUACGGUUGUUUUUAUUUGGAUUUAUUUCAAUCCUGUAUUGAACAUAAAAAAAUAGACUUCGAUAGUUACAAAAUACAUAUCAAUUAGACAAGAUCAAAUUAAAACAAGACCAAAUAAAAUUAAAACAAACCAGACAAGAUCAGAAAAAUAUUUGAAUUCACCUUAAACUUCUUGAAACAGCAAUGUAGCCCAAAUACACGAGAGAAAGAGAACAUAUUCCUGGUGGUGGCGCACUUUUCCUUUGGUGCUGGUGAGGGGCUACCAUGAAAAUACAUCCAUUUUCAUCUCUUGUGAUCUGCAAGGUUUUCUUACUUAAAAGAGUUAAAGUGCUUCCCACGCAUUCUCCGUUUUUCCUAUCUUUCAAUUAAAAUAAUAAUUUGGGAAUGGGGAUUCAUUUUGGUGAUCUGUUCAUCAACUAAAUUAAAAAACCGGAGGUUAAUUUCUUCCAUACUUCCACCAAUUUCCCCAACAUAUUAACCAAGAAGACGAUCUGUAUAUUUAAAUAUUCUGGAUCAAUGGGUAAUUGUGUAAUUUGCAUCAAAUGUCCGACGAAUUCGACGGCCGAAUUUACGCCGGCAGCCGUCUUCAGUCACCGGCCCGUCGACGUGGUCAAGCCCGACGACCAGCCAAAGGUCAAACUCUACGGAGCACCGUUCGGCAAUGACACCUACUACAUUCGAUUCGCGCUCAUGUACAAGCCAGUCUCCGUCGACUUCGUCGCCUCCGACGGCCACGAAGUGCCGGCGAUUGAGUACAACUCCGACGUCGUUUCGGGCUCCGUCGAGAAUCUGGUUCGUUACUUGGACGCGACGUUUCCUGAGCCGCGGCUGCUGCUGGCUGGCGGGCGAUGGCACGGGGAAAUGCCGCCGUCGGUGGCGUGCGUGGUGACUCUGCAGCACCGGAGCAUGAUUUGGCACCUGGAAAGGAUGGUUAAGUGGGCGGAGGAGCUGGCGGCGCGUGGGGGAAAGGCUAGGGGGAAUCCGGCGGCGUGCACUCCCCGAAUGGAGAUCAAGAAAUUUGGGAAGAGGUACUCUAUGUUGAUGGAGGUGAUGCUAGAGCACGCUCAAAUGGAGGAAAAAAAUGUGUUUCCAAUCCUGGAAAAAGCGGAUCGAGGACUAUGCAAAUUCGCAAAUGCAAACCACGCGAUGGAUCUUCCGGUAAUGAAUGGAAUCCAAGAAGACAUCAAAUCCAUUGUAGUUUUGGAUCCCAAGAAACCAAUCUAUCGAGAGGCCAUUUCCAAUCUUUCUAAACGUCUCAAAACCUUUAAGGAGGACUCAAGGCAACACUUUGGGGAGGAAGAAAAGAAGUUACUGCCACUAUUAUCAGAAGCUGCUGAACUGGGUAAAAUGAAGCAAGCCAGAUUUGUGGGGCAGUGUUUGGACUCAAUGCAAGGAACACACUCACGUCUCUUCCGUUUCUUCAUGGAGGGCUUCCUUCCUGCGGACGCAAUGCAGUAUUUGAACAUCAUUGCCAAGUGCAGUGACAAAGAGAGAGUGUCAAGGCUUUUCAGGUUGAUUGUUGAGAAAGAGAAUAGCUUAGGUUGGGCCAUUGGCAAUCCAUUGGCAUAGACUUUAUGCUAUUCAUUUAUUCAUUGUUUGCUAGAAAUGGUAGGUAAGAGUUGAAAUCUUUUCAUUACAUUAAUCAAUUUAUUAACAUUUGACUAUUCAAAAUGUGUGAUACACAGUGGUCCAUGAGAAGUGUACUAUAAGCUCUAAAUGUCAUAACUUUUGCUCGGAGCAUAGUUUAAUUGGCUGACAGGGUGUACUAAAAGAUGAAGCUGCCGGGUGG